ACCAGUUACAUCUCAUGAUUGAAGCUGAACUUCUGUAAUAGAACUAUUUAUGGUCAGGAUCUGUACAAAGAGACUGAAUACUUUUUUUGAGGACAGCUUAUCCACCCACUUGCAGGCAAAAUGUGUACAGGAGCAUGCUCUAAGUUUAUAGCAAUCCCUCUCUAUGUCCUGGCUCUAGUGUCAACCAUUUGCAACAUCAUGCUCUUCUUCCCUGACUUUGAUACAGAGUAUGCAAGUGAUGACACCAAAAAUACUCCAAGGAUAACAGAUGAAGUGAAAUAUAUGGGAGGCUUAAUUGGAGGAGGAAUCAUGGUCAUCAUUCCCGCCAUUCACAUUCAUCUGACAAGUUCAAAGAAUUGCUGUGCCAACCGCUGUGGGAUGUUCCUGUCCAUUGGGUUUGCUGCGCUCGGAGUGUUGGGAGGCAUUUACAGUUUGAUUGUUGCUUCUUUGGGUCUUACCAAAGGGCCAGUUUGCCAGUGGUCCAAUGAACUCAACCCCGAACUUACAUGGGGAAGACCGUUUCUUAAUACAAGCUACCUGGGUGAGAAGGAAAUAUGGGAUUGGUGUACAGUACCAGAGAAUGUGGUUGAAUUCAAUCUUGGGUUAUUCUCCAUUCUGAUGGUGGCUGCCGCUCUGGAGGUUAUCCUCUGUGCCUUCCAGAUGAUCAAUGGACUGUUCGGCUGCAUCUGUGGCACCUGUUCUGACGGGGAGUGAGGCAAAGUGGAUCAACUUCACACCAUGACUUCUUGACGAAGAGCUGAGAGAGAUUUUUUACUAUCACCAUCAACAUGUUUACCAAUAUAUUUAUCAUCACAAUUAUCACAAUAAUAAGACAAUAGUCUUAUCCUCACUGACACAAUUACAGGUUACUAGGUUUUCUGUUUGUCCUUUGAAUGAGCAUUAACAACAUGAGUUUGUCAAGAGGAUUGAAUGGGAUUACUGGUGAUUGUUUCUUUUUGUUUUGCUUUCUUUAAAGAUUAAAAUAUAAAUUCCAUCUCUGAUACAUUCUGUACUUGAGCCUUUUAAGUUGUUUUUAAUAUUUUGUAAUAAAUGUUUGAACAUGUCA